AUAGAAGUCUAUCUUCGUCUGCUAGGGGUUGCAGUUUAAUUGAACACAGAUCCAAGCCAUAGCAUAAGCAACACAAUUCUUAACUAAAUUUAUCUAAGGAGGACAUUUAUUCCCCACCACCCUGAAAUAUAUAUUUUAGAUCUAUCAGUUAUUUUUGAAGAACAAAUCAGCAAUGAAGUUGAGUGUUGGAAUAUUUUUUGGAGGCUUCUUUGGAGCCGUUGGGAUUUUGUUUUUUCUGGUUGCUUUUGGAACAGACUAUUGGCUUCUGGCUACAGAAGUUGGGAAGUGUUCUGAAGAUGUGAAUCACACUAGGGAAGAGACAAUUAUGUUCCACCAUGAGGGUUUCUUCUGGAGAUGCUGGUUUGAUGGAAAGAUUGAUGAGAAUCCUAGUAGUAUGUUAAAGUUUUGGUACACGAACCAGUCACCUUCUAAAAACUGCACCCAUGCUUAUCUCUCUCCAUUUCCUUUCUUAAGAAAUUCCCAUAAUUCAACCACCUAUAAUUCUGCAAUUAUUUAUCGUGGUUUCUGGUCAAUUUUCAUGCUCCUUGGAGUGGUCACUGUGGUUGUUGCUAGUUUCUUCAUCAUCUGUGCGGCACCUUUUGGUAGUCACAUCCUCUACAAAAUAGGAGGAAGUUUUUUCAUUGCAGCUGGCAUCCUAUUCUCCCUGGUGGUUGUACUAUAUGUUAUCUGGGUCCAAGCAGUGGCUGAUCUCAAAAACUAUGAAGCUCAGAAGAAAAUUGACUGUUCAAGUUAUUCUAUGUAUGUUCGUUACGGCUGGUCUUUUAUACUGGCUCCAGUUGGAAUAUUUUUUGCUAUGUUUUCUGGCAUGUUGUUCCUCCUGGUAGGACGUACGAUUUAUCUGCAUUCUGAUUAGCUGGGUAACUGGUGCUUGAAGUAUUAGUGUGUAGUGAAGUUGUGCUAAAAAUGUUUUUUAUACAUUGUUAUCCCUACUACCAUAGAAUGCUCAUGGUACCAUUGCAGAUUGACUUAAAUGACUAAUGUAUUUUCAUAUUGUCUACUCAGUAAUACUGGAAGUGUGAUGCUUAGGUUCAGUGAAGAUUACUUCACAGAAAUAUGCACAAGAUUGUAGCCAAUAUUUAUAUGUUCUUCUCAUGAAGGACAUAAAAAUUGUUUCAGAAAUAUAAUCCUUUCAUAUUUCUUCAAAUACUCCUACAUGUAUUAACACAAAAAAAAAUAUGUAAAAGAAGUAGGUGCUGGCUGCAGGCCAAUUCAACAAUUCAUCAUUGACAUUAGCAACUUAAUGAAGGAACAUUCACAAUGAAACUAGGUCUUCUCUCCUGUGGCUGGAAGUAAGGAAAAGAUUACAGGAGAGGCCUUUUAGGUCAACCUUCUCAAUUCAUCUACAAUGAAUUUUGUAUUCUGUUUUCAGAAAGAUCCCAAAUUUCAUGUCUUUAGCAAUAAAAAUUUAAAAAUUUUAUAUAAUAAUAUAAUAAUAUUAAUUUCCAGAAACAGGUACAUUUUUAAAUUCAAUAUAGAUCUAAAUUUUCUCUAUCAUCAAUAUCUUUUUCCAGUGUAAGGAUCUGUAUACUUACGACAGCUAAUAAAUAAGGUCUGAUCAUUAAUUAGGCUUGCAGUCAAAUUCUAUUCUUUUCUUAGGCACAAAGAAUGCAAAAUUAUAUGGCGAAGUCCAGAUACAAACACCUACAUUGCUCAUGAAAGAAGGGCCAACUUUGGUCUCCUUAAGAGUCAUCUGAGAAGCAGUUUGGACUGUGUGUAAUCCUUCAUUAGAAUUAUUGUUUGAAUUGGUCCUGCAACCUUAUUGAACAAACAAGUGUCCCGUGCAAUGCUUACUCUAUUUGUUUUUGUUUCAAUUCUCAGUAUUAGUUUUACUAUGAGCAAGCAGUUCUGUUCUUAAAAAUAAUUAUCCAUUUAAUGCUUUAGCUAAUGAAUACUGUUCAGUGUAAAUACAACAAAUCCAUGUGGUCCAAAUAAUAAACAACUCAUUCAAAGGAACUACAAAAGAUGAUGGGUAAAAGUUAUCUAGCUCAGCCCAUUGCAAACAGCAGCUGUUGUUGCUUACCGGGGCAUCAAAACAAUGCAUGAUAUAAUGAUAAUUAUUAUUAUUUCAUUUUUACAUCAUGUUUUGGUGUCCAGUGAAGUUUAUAAUUUGAUCCGUUUGAUCACAUCGUUUAAGCUGUUAUCCGUCAAUCACCUUUUCAUAGUCCACUUGUUGUCUUACAUAUAAAGGAAGGAAGGAAGGAAGGAAGGAAGGAAGGAAGGAAGGAAGGAAGGAAGGAAGGAAGGAAGGAAGGAAGACCUAUGAUGGAUAUGUAGAAAGGGUGAUCAUAUGGAAUGGAGAAUAAUGAUAUUUUUAAAAACUCAUAUAUUACCACAACACACUUCCCAUGUUGAAGAAGCAAAACUAUAUUGAGUUUCAUUCUUAUCUAGACUACAGUUGAUUCGACCCACUUCGUUUCUCUCACCAGAUUGAUAAAAGCUACUCACUCUUGCAACUUAAGCAGAAGGCCCCAGCCUUACAUAUGGUGUCCUUUUUGUUUUGGCUCAGGAUGAUAGGCUUUCCCCUUAAUACCUUAAUCUACUGUAAGACUGAAGUACUAUGGGUAAUGUAAAGGGGGCAUUGAAGGCUGCUUCAUGUAUUGCUACCAUUGCCAGACAAUGCAUGUCAAUAUUCAGUUAGGGUAGAUGAGGAAGGGCAUGGAGGAGGUAUUAGAAAUAUUACUUAUAUCUUUUAAGCCUGGAGCCAGGUCUACAUAUAUCAAGUCUACUAUUGCUCCUUCUAUUUCUUAUCAUUUUGCAAACAUUCACUUUUUAAAAUUAAAACCAUGUUUUCAUUGGAAAACUUGUUCCAUCCUCUAUUUUUGGUAAUAGUAAGAAAGUAUGUCUCUUAACAGUCUGUUUACAUCUCUUUUGCUACAAUAUAAUCCCCUCUUUUGAUUUUCUUUCUUCUCCUCUUACCACAGUGGUUCAGAGUAGAAUUAAAGCCAGCACGAUUAUGUUCCGAUAAAUAUUUAAAGUGACCAUUUUUAUGGAACUUCUGUCUUCAUCUUUCCAAAGCCUUCUCUGUUGUCUGAAUACACUACUGGUAUAGGAGAUAUACUUGUAUGCCUCAGAAUAUGAUUACAUAGAAGCUGGCUAGUCAUGGCAUCAUCUAUUCACCAGGAGAAAGUGAUUAACAAUUGAAAGUAUGCCAAAUCUGCUUCUUGCAAAUAAGAGAAGAUUUCAAAGAUAAAUUCUUAUCUCAUCAUUUGUGGCAACAUAUGAUAAUUGGAUUUCUUUAGAAAAAUACAUAUAUAUGUAUUUGACAUAUGUUUUCUAUGAAAAAAAUUAGUGUAUAUGUUCCCUUUUUUAAAAAAAAUAUAAACUUAAUGAGGAAAAUAUUUAUAUAAAGGAAGGUUUUUCUUUUCUUCUUGCUCUCUGUUUCUCUCCAAAUGAUGGUGCUAAAUUUCAUUAUAUUAGCAAAACAUAAAACUUGCUGUUUGCCUGGAUAUGCAUUUUACUAAUCUGGUUGUUAUGCAUUUAUUCUACGUAUAGAUCUCAAAGCUGGUUUAAUGUUCCAUACUAUUUCCCAUUCUAUGAAAAAGCCAAGCUUCCUUAUCUCCAAUUGCUUUCAGAUCCAGUUGCCUUUGGAUCAUGCACUUUUACUAGGAAACUAUUCUGACUCAUCCAAUAAAUUUGAUGGAAAUGGCCUUAUCUAGACAUCUACCUACCAUUUCUUCAGCCUUCUGAUUUGUUUGCUCUCUUUAGGAUUUUUCAUUAAUAUUAAUAUUGUCUGGCUGCUUUUUCAGUAAUAUUUUAUAGAGUUAUUUUAAAACACAUGACCAUUUUCAUGUAAUGUUUUAUAUAUGAGCAGUUUUUUAAAAAAAAUUAAUGGGUUUUGUGGGUGCUAUAUAUGAGCAAUGCUUAAGAAAAUGUCUAUGGCAGGGAUGGGGAAUGACUUUUAUGACUUGUGGACUUCAACUCCCAGAAUUCUGAGCCAGCCAUUCCCUACCUGUGGCCUAUGGGAAUACUUCCCCAUCUGGCUGGUUGACAAUUGAAUACAAUCAGCUUAACUACUGAGGUCCAUGGACCCAAUAAAAAAGUGGUAUUUCCCUGUAACAUGGUUGCAUUGAGGCACCUGAAUGGUAAUUCCAGAAGUGUAUAAUAAUUUUGCAGGUUGAGAUUGUGGUUAUAGAAAAAAUAAAUAAUAAAGCUUUAUUUUUUUAAAAAAAAAUAAUUUUCUUUUAAAUAUAUAUUUUUAAAAGUAUGCAAGAAAUAGAUAAUAUACUUACAAGCUUAAAAGGUUAUGGGCAAUAAAAUUAGAAAAGCAAAUAUAAACCAUGCUAUAUGAGUGGAUAGCCAAGAAAUCUGAAAUAUCAAAUAUAUUUUAAUACAUAAUUAAAAGCUUUUAAUAUAAUAAGACAGUCCACGUUCAUUUUCUAAUCAAAACAUGUCUUUGUGAAGCUUUAAAUGUAAACUGGAUUGAAAUUUUAUUGCACAAUAACAGUAAAAAGAAGCUGUGUAGCUAUGAAGUGGUGUUAUAAUUAUAGUUUUUCAUUAAGAGUAAGCAAUAAUAAUGAUAAUAAUAAUACAUGACAGAUAAUUAGCAGAAUGAAUGUGAGCAAGAUAAGUUACAUUGCAAUGGAGAAAUUCCCAACUGUUUUUCCCUUUUGCUCAUCACUACUAUUAAUGUUCACCUAUUGUUCAUUUUCAGGAGAAAUUACAUGCUUUUUGGAUGCUGAUUUUUUGACAAGGCAGAUCAUCACAGAGUAUAAUAAAAAGAAUUAUUUGGACAUACCGGUACAAUACACAUAUUGAUACUAAGGAUACCUACUUAGGCAGUUAAUUACUGAUUUGUAGAUGCCCCCCACCCCAUCCCCCCACUCUCAACAUAUAUUUUCUUAAACUAUUAUUUUUUCCUUCCAUUCUUAUAAUAUAUUUGUCUAUCUAGUUCUGUAUUAUUUAUUCUAAUUGACAGCAUGUUCCCAGAGCCUCAUGCAAACAGUCAUAUCACUUAAUCCUUUGAAUUGAAAAUGCCAAAGACUGAACCUGGAACUUUCUGAGCUGAGGAGGAUCGUGCCAUAACCAUGACAUAAGAAAUCCACGUAUUAAUUGAAAUUUCACUAUUUUUGAACAUUGAAAAGGCAUGGGAGAAUAACAUGAGAAGACAUCAGGUAGGGAUGAGGGUAGGGAAUUUUUUUUCCAUUCAUCACCUCUUGCAGUUCAGUGAUUUUACUUCUGAACAGCUCAUUCAUGCUGCAACAUAUUUCAUGGAACUAUUCCUCCAUGGUAUACUUGGCAGCUAUUUUAAGCUCAGAUCACAUUACUCCAUUCAGCAUUUGGCACCCCUGUUCCUGGGUUGUAUGGGACUGAUCUUAUCAGAAAUCAUCUCACUGGUUUUUGUUCUCCAGAAUUAAAGCUGACAGCAUGAUCCUUAUGAUCCUUUUUUUCUCGGUAUGUUAUUACUUUUGUAACAAUGUUUUACUAGCACCACAGGGGAAAUUCAGCACAGUUGUCAGUCAGAUAGAGUGAAUUAUCAGACAUGUUAGCUUUGCCUCUCACUUACAUUUGCUUAAGAGCUUAUAAAUUACAAAGACUGUUUUUUAAAUGUUAAAUUGAAUGAAAUGUCCUGUCAAGGAUAUUUGAGAACAACUUACAGAAAUUUUUCCAGUUUCCAAACACUCUGUUCUGAAAUACUCUAGUUUACAUAAUCAAUAUGGUUGGAGAUCUUCAGUUUAUUAAUGAUGGUGAGGUGAGAAUGAAUGUUACCCUUUUAAAAUAUGAAACUGGCUUCAUAAUGCUAUGUACUAACUAUAUUGGAAUGGUUUUGUGUAUAUGUAUUUGUAUAUGUGUGUACAUACAAACUUCUAUAUAUUAUACAGAUUCAUUAUUCUCCAAAUGUAUAGAGCUACAAUAAAUAUAAAUCUUAGUCUACCUUC